GCGCCCAACAAAAACAGAGCGACGCGUUUGAUGAGCUCAACGCUGUUUUCUGUUCAUCAGACGUGGGUUGUGUGGCAGGCUCGGGUGAACAUGUUAUCUCAGGAUUGAUCUUGCCUCGGUGAUGUUUGUCAUCAAAUCAUCGUUUGAGCGUUCAGUUACAUCAGCACGAAGAGUCACGUCAGCUGUUUUAAUGUUGAAGUGAUUGUAUUUAGUCAUUAAUGAUGAAUUUUACAUCCAAAAUGACCUUAUUAAAAGGGGAAACUUGCUUUGAAUGGACCGUGAAAUACUAAAAAGAUCUUAUCCACGUCUCGUAUAAGGAUGGAUUUUCUGUUUUUUGUCUUGAACUUCGUUCUAACGCUGACCCUCCCGGUGCAUUGUGGGAAAAUCCUGGUGUUUCCUCAUGAAGGGAGUCACUGGAUUAACAUGAAUGUUUUGAUUGAGGAGCUUCAUGCCAGAGGUCAUCACAUCACAGUGUUACGAGCGCUCGACAGCUGGUACAUCGCUGAAGAAUCCCCUCACUACGUCUCCAUAACCCUUCCUGUUUUACUGGGCGGCGACGAUGAAUUCUACCACACUUUCAUCUCUAAACAACUCCAGAUUAGAAGACAGGGACACUCAGCGUGGACCAGAUUCAAACUGGACAUGUCUCUGAAGGACAAGUUUUCUGAAAUGCACCAGAAGAUCUGUGAACUGGUGAUUUACAUCAUCGAGAAAGAUCCCGCGUUGAUCGACCGGCUCGAGAAGACCGGAUACGACGUGAUGUUGACCGAUCCGGCAAACGGAGGAGGUGUCGUGCUCGCUCACUAUCUUCAUCUCCCUCUGGUGUUGAACGUACGCUGGACGGUUCACGGAGAGGCACAUUUUGGAAUGGCUCCAUCUCCGCUGUCGUACGUUCCCUUCCCUCUGUCUCAGCUGACGGAUCGCAUGACCUUCAUUCAGAGAACGUAUAACCUGCUCUUCUACACCGUGCGGCUUUAUCUUUACAAGCGUAUCGUGGGCCCUCAUUACAGAGCUCUGUGCGCACGCUAUUUUCACCCUCAUUUGGAUUAUUUUGAAUUAUUUCAAGCGGCUGACAUUUGGCUGAUGAGAGUGGAUUUCGUUUUCGAGUUUCCGCGCCCGACCAUGCCGAACAUCAUUUAUGUCGGUGGUUUCCAGUGCAAGCCUGCCAAACGCCUUCCGGCGGAUCUGGAGGAUUUCGUCCAGACUUCUGGAGAUCAUGGAGUCAUCGUCAUGUCUUUGGGAACUCUGGUCGGGCAGCUGCCGCUCGACAUCGCCGAAGAGAUCGCGGCCGCUUUUGCUGAACUUCCACAGAAAGUGAUUUUGAGAUACACGGGAGAGCGGCCGUCCGCUCUGGCCAACAACACUUUACUGGUGAAGUGGUUUCCGCAGAACGACCUCCUGGGACAUCCCAAGACUCGACUGUUCGUGUCCCAUGGAGGCACUAAUGGUAUUUUUGAAGCCAUUUACCACGGUGUUCCGAUCGUGGGCUUACCGCUGGUGUUCGAUCAAGAUGACAAUCUUUCUAAAAUGAGAUCUAGAGGAGUGGCCAAGGUCGUGGACAUCGCCACCAUAGACCGACGUUCAUUUAAAGAGGCUUUACAUGAGGUUCUUCGGGAUCCGUCCUACAGGAGACGCAUGCAGAAACUCUCCCAGCUCCAUAGAGACACGCCAUUAAAACCCCUGGAGAGCGCCAUCUUCUGGACUGAGUUUGUCAUGAGACACAAAGGUGCCGCUCACCUGCGCACCGAGGCGUAUAAAAUGCCCUGGUAUUCAUAUUAUAGUGUAGAUGUUGUGGGCUUUCUAAUGUGUGUUGUGUUAUUGACAGUGUUUGUGGUGUUUAACAUCAUCAGGUGUUUAUGCUGCAGGUGUGUCAAGAGAAAAAAGAAACAGGAUUGAGUCUGAAACUUCACAUUGUGUUACAGUGCAUCUGAUAUGUGGUUUUCCUCUCAUUUUUUACCUUGAUUUUUUAUUUACCACAGGAAAAAAUACUGUAGAGUACUUUCAUAUUUGCUGUGGUAAACUGUAGUAAAAUUCCUAGAUACUAUUGUUACUUUACUGUCGUAAAUAAAGUGUAUAAUAUGCGACAGUAUACUACAAUUCACUACGGUUUAUCGAUUUACUUUAAUUAAUAUUACAGAAAAGUAUAUUACUAUAAUAUACUACAGUAUCUGUACGAUUUACCACACUUCACUAUGGCAACACUUAAGUAUUUUUUCAUGUGGGUUGGUUUUACUUGCGUCACCCAAAAAUGAAUAUUCUGUCAUCAUUUACUCACCCUCAGGUAGUUUCAAACAUGUAUCAAUUUCAUUGUUCUGUUGAACACAGAGAAAGAUAUUUGGAAGAAUGUAAAUAAUUUUCUAGUCUCGCUUAGACUGAAGGUCUGGAACUUAUCACCUCUUUAAGGCCCGCCCAAGAGGCCAUAUGACUGACCGGUAAAGCAACCAAUCACGUUUCGUGCCGCUUCGUGUUUAGAGGCGUGGAAAUGUCCCCGCAGUAACAGACCGGUGUACAUUCACCAACGUGUCAAAAGUUAACAGCAACAACAAUGAUUAAAAGUUUAUGCCGUGAACCUCGCAUACUUUUAAGAAUGAAGCGUUUAGUAUUGGACUCUUUUCUCUUUCUAGCUGAGUCCGCGUGUUCAUUAAGUCAGGAGAGUAGAUAGAAUCAAUUGUUGAUUUAUUAAGUCAUAUGAAGAAAGCAUACAGAGCUCUGGGUUCAGCUGGCCCUGAUUACACAAUACUAUGCAAGUGUCAUGCUCAGGCGCUCUGAACUGCUUGCCUUUCCCUGUUCCCAGUAUUUUUAUACACAGACAGAAACAUCUUCGGUUUGGGCGAGUUCUUCUGAUAAGUCUGCUUGCAUUGAAACCGCACUCAGUUUCGGUUGCAACAGUUCGUUCCUCCUUGCAUGUUUCCUCUUAUCUGCACACACACAUGAACUUAAAACACAAGGGCGUAACGCCCACACUUGUUCCAUACGUGAUCAUCAUAAACACAAACCCCAUUAUACUAACUUUAUUCCCUUGGUUAUUUAUAUCAAUGUUUUCCCUUAUUAUUACUCGCCUAAUAAUGCAAAACGUAUUCAUAAGCAUAAAAGUAUGUUAAAAAAGUAUAACUCAUUGAAAUAUACUCAUCAUUAGUCGAUCGUGAUGAAUUCUUAUUGCAACUGUUGUAAACACGACAACUUACUUCUUUGAUCAGACGGCUUCGUGUUGUUUCCAAGCGGACCGUUAAAGAACGCGACACGCACGUCUCCCGGAAAUCCUGUGAAAUUCAACCAAUCAGAUGACAACUUCGAAUGUGCUGAAGUGUUUCCAGAAAAGUGUGCCUUAUGCAUCAGACGUUUAGCCAACGGUCCGGGCGAAACUAGCAAUAUUAAGUUCUGGGACAUCUUCCACUACCAUAGUAGAAAAAAGUAGCUUAUUUGUGGUUCUGUUGAACACAAAAUGAGAUAUUUUGAAGAAUGUAGGACAGCAAACAGUUCUGGGCACCUUUGACUACCAUUUCGUUUUUCCUACUAUGGUAGUCAACGAUGUCCUGGAACUGAAAUUUGCUAACAUUCUUCCAAAUAUCUUUCUCUGUGUUAAUCGGAACAAACUUGAGGGUGAGUAAACGAUGACAGAAUUUUCAUUUUUGGGUGAACUGUCCCUUUAAAGUUCCAGGACUGCAAUGUUUUGGUGAAUAAUGAUCUUUGAAUAAAUCUUUCAUGAAUUAUAAAUGAAUAGAAAAGUGGCAUAAUAAUGAACUAUUUUUUCAUGAAAUGUUAAAGAUGUUUUAAUUUUAAAGCAAAUUUCUGCAACACCAGCAUCAUCGGUUGGAGAUAUGAAAUAAACAGGAAGUCCCGCCCCCACACUGAUGCCAUUGGCUGAGCCAGUGUUUCAGUGUCAGGUCAGAGAACCACAGUGUUAACACUUAAAUGCAUUAUUAUAUGUCUUGUUUUAAAUAUUUGUAUCAUAUUAUUAACAUAAAUCCUAAAGCACCACUCUAAAAACCUUGGAUAGUAUAAAAAUAAAAUUCACAGAUAAAAAAACAAAAGCCAGUUUGAUGUUAGAACACAAUCAAUGGUGAAUCCUCUAGACUGGUCCUCAGUUCAAAUUUACUCUUGGUUUUCUCAUAUUUGUCAUUAUGUUGAUGUGUUUACAUUCUGUGACAACAGUGAACAUGUGUCCAUCAAUGCACUUACAAUAAAAGUCUUUAUGGUAAAGCAAAAAUGUGAAGCUUUAACUAAAAUGUGUUAUUCUGUACCAAACUUGUGUUAUUUAAACAUGCAAGUGCCUAAAUAAAUUGCCAAAUUGUAAUUCCUUUUACUUGGUUAACUGUCAAUCUCUGCUCUUUUUGUACACAUCGUGUAAAGGUCAUCGGGUUCACCGGCUCAUGUGGCCAUCGCUGGAGUUCAACAUUUGGUUACAAGGUUAGUAAGUGAUUCUGUAACACUAGUUUCAUGGUAACGUGUGUAUUAUGUUUAAAACUUGUGCCCGAUGUUUUAACAUUUCCACUGACUUCCAUUAUAAGU